CUAGGCAUGCAGACUGCUUCUACAAACAUUUGUGAAAGAAUGGGCUGCUCUCAAGAGCUCAGUGAAUUGAAGAAAGGUACCGUGAUAGGUUUCCACCUGUGCAAUAAGUCCACCCAUGAAAUUGUUAGUGGUAUUAUAACAAAGUGGAAGCAGCUGGGAACAACAGCAACUCAGCCAUCAAAUGGUAGGCCACAUAAAAUGACAGAGCGGGGUUUGGCAGCGCAUGCUGAAGAGCAGAGUGCUCAGAAUGACGAAUCACGCUUCUCUGUCUAGCAAUCCAAUGAACGUAUCUGGGUUUGGCAGUUGCCAGGAGAACGUUACUUGCCUGACUGCAUUGUGCGAAGUAUAA